CUCAAGCGCACAUCUCUCAACCAAGCCAACCCAGUGCCCCGUUUUCAAACCGCCGUAUAGUGAAAGGGGGUUCGGUAGUAGAAGUGUCAAUGUGGGGCACGAAGCGAUGGGAAGCUUCCUGCAAGAAAAGCCGGUUGUUCGUUCUUUUCCCAGGGAGUAUAAAUGAAGUGCCGGCCGCUGGGUUCCUUUCAUUCUGAACCACCAACAGACAACGUGUGCUCUCUCCUGCAACUCCUACUAGUGCUUCUUUGCCCUUCCGUUUUUCCUACGUUUUUUCUUCAGAAGAACUGCCUUCCAGCCGGUUUUUUCUUUCUUCUGUCCAGACGCUCAUCUAGUAUCCUCAGCUGCAGCAGAGUGCACCGGCCAACCACGCGCACAUACCCGUUGGUGUAUAUUCCAGGCUUUCCAUCUACCUGCUGCGAAAUCAAGGCUACCGCAUUUCACCAUGCACACCUCAAACACAGCCAGCAACACCGGCAUCUCGGAGCUCGAGAAGGCCUAUGUUGACUCCACCACAGAGCCCAUCGUCGGCGGCGUUAUUGACCCGCGCGACCAGGAUCUGCUUGAUCGCCAGCGCGAGCUCGAGGAGCUUGACUCGACCAGCAAGGUCAACUGGGAGAUGAUCAAGAAGCUGACGGUCUGCGGCGUUGCCUUCCUCAACGACGCCUACGACAUGUUCGCCAUCAACAUUGUGUCCAUGAUCCUCGGAUUCGUGUAUUUCAACGACGCCACCGGCUCGGCAAAGAACACUGUGCCCAAGAAGUGGGACACGCUGAUCAAGAUCUCGGUCCAGGUGGGCUGCCUGCUGGGCCAGCUUGUCAUGGGCCGUCUCGGCGACAAGGUCGGCCGCACCACUGUCUAUGCUGCUUCCCUGAUGAUCGCCAUCUUCACCACCAUCGCCAGCGCCUUCUCCAACGACAUGGUCAAGGGCAUGAACGUGUUUGGCGUCCUGUUCAUCUGGCGUGUCCUGCUCGGCUUCGGCAUUGGCGGUGACUACCCGCUGACUGCCACCAUUGUGUCUGAGUACUCGAGCGUGCACAACCGCGGCAAGCUCAUUUCGGCCGUGUUCUCGUGCCAGGGCUUCGGCAACGUGCUUGCCCCGAUUGUCGGCAUUAUCAUCACUGCGUGCUUCAAGGGCCCCAUUGAGGAUAACGUGCUUAACCUCGACUACGUCUGGCGUCUGAUCCUGGGUCUCGGCUGCGUUCCGGGUGUCGCCACUCUGUACUGGCGUCUGACCAUGGAGGACUCGAAGCGCUUCCAGCUCGAGACUGCCAAGGCUGCUGCCGCUAACGCCGACGAGGACCUCAUGCGUGAGAAGUACAUGGCCAAGCAGCGCCUGCUCGAGGGCUCGGAUGCCGAGGCUGCGCUCGAGACCACGGAUGCCAUUCAGUACAAUGCUGGUGGAGCCGCCCCGGUCAAGCAGCGUCGCGCCAAGACCUUCACCCAGUACUUCAGCGAGUGGAAGCACCUCAAGGUUCUGCUCGGCACCUCCAUCACCUGGUUCGCUCUUGAUGUUGCCUUCUACGGAAUCAACCUCAACUCGUCUGUGGUCAUUGGCGCCAUCGGCUUCGCCGGCGACAUCGUCAAGGAUACCCCCUACCACUACAUCAUCCGCAACUGCCUCGGCAACAUCAUCAUCAACAUGCUCGGUUCCGUGCCUGGCUACUGGGUGUCGGUGUUCACCAUUGAGAAGCUCGGCCGCAAGAAGAUCCAGAUUGUCGGCUUUAUCAUGCUCACCAUCCUGUACGUUGUCCUCGGCUUUGCCUACCACAAGAUCCUGGACAACUCGGUGGCUGCCUUCAUUGUGCUGUUCACCCUGGCCCAGUUCUUCCAGAACUUUGGUCCCAACCUCGGUGCCAUUGUCGCGCAGGGCGGCUUCAUGCAGCUCAAGGACCGUGGAGGCAAGAACGCCUUCAUUGACCGCCUGCUCCAGAUCUUUGCUCUGUUCAUGCUGAUCGGUCUUGGGUUCACCUUCUUUAUUCCCGAGACCAAGGGCAAGACCCUCGAGGAGAUCUGUGACGAGAGCGAGGAGUACUACUAAGCGCUCAUGCCCGCAAAAAGGAUCGCCCUGCCUUCUGCAACUACUACAUUCCAACCUUGUUAUCUAGCCUUUAUUUCAAUAUCUUUACUAUACAUUACUCAUCCAUACAGCCCCU